CACUCAUUUUGUGUAUACAGUUCAUUUGAUAACGAUCUUAUAUUAUAUUGUAUUUUAUUAGUCAAACUUUGAAUAUUGGUUGCACCCUUUUUGUUUUUCUCUCUUUUUCAAUUUGUUGCUGCAAAUUUCUUAAGAGUUGAGUCUUGACCUCAAACAACACGCUAUGACUCUCUGCUUCCACCUCAGGCUCAGCCUCUGCCUUUUAAGUUUUCUUGUUACUCUCUGUGUUUCGAAAACACACUGGUUCAGUUCUUCACCUGGCAUCUUCUCUCCCACGCAAUGCUUCACCCAUUCUUUUCUCUGUCAUUCCUGUCUCUCCUUUUUUCUACUACCAUAGCAGAUGACUCCAUCGCCAUGUCAAAGCUAGCCACUGCCCUCGACCUCAGCGUCCCCAAGAGCUGGGCCACCGAUAACAACGCUGAAUACUGCAACUGGAAUGGGGUCCGAUGCGACGCCUCCAACCGCGUCGUAGAAAUCAUGCUUUCCAAUGAAAACCUCUAUGGCACCCUCCCAUCUGAACUCUCUACCCUCUCGCACCUCCAAAUACUCUAUCUCCAGCAGAACCAUCUUUCCGGUCCUCUCCUUUCUCUCGCCAAUCUAAGCUUGCUCCAAGAACUACGUCUUGAAGAUAACAGCUUUAGUUUUAUCCCUCAAGGCUUCUUUCAAGGGCUUACCAGCUUGACUGACUUUCGCAUAAGCCAGAAUACAAAUUUAGAUCCUUGGACUAUCCCUGUUCAUUUUGCUGAAUCUGGAAGUCUAAUAAUUUUCGAGGCAACUCAAGCUAACAUUGAGGGGACUAUACCUGACAUGUUUGCCUCGCUUCCAGGAUUGCAGAAUCUGGACCUAGCUUACAACAAUUUGACAGGAACUUUGCCUGCAUCAUUUGCAAAUUCAGCAAUCCAGAACUUGAGACUCAACUACCAGCAGAUGGGGUUGUCAGGUACCAUUGAUGUUCUAUCGUCGAUGACACGGUUAAAUCAGGUUUGGCUCAUGGGGAAUCAGUUUACUGGCUCAAUUCCAGAUUUCUCAAAAUGCGAGUUUUUGUUCGAUUUACAGCUAAGAGAAAACAAGUUUACAGGGAUUGUGCCAGCCUCCUUGAUAACACUUCCUCGUUUGCUAAAUGUUUCUUUAUCAAACAACAAACUGCAAGGUCCUGUCCCCAAGUUUCCAAGCCAUAUUUCGUUACAUAGCGAUGCUAAUAAUUUUUGUGUGGCAACUCCUGGUGUUCCUUGUAAUCCACAGGUGAAAACAAUGCUGGAAAUUGCAGGUGCUGUGGGAUAUCAGGAGAUACUGUCCGAUUCUUGGCGAGGAAAUGACCCUUGCAGUAAUUGGGAAUUCGUUACCUGCGAGGAACAGAAUAUUAGCACCAUCAACUUUGGAAAGCAACAUUUUUCAGGAACUAUAUCUCCAGCAUUUGUCAAUCUUACAGCUUUGACGAAUUUGUAUCUGAACGAUAAUAAUUUGACAGGUUCCAUUCCUGAUAGCUUGACAAAAUUGACUCAACUCAAGGUUCUUGAUGUCUCCAAUAACAAUCUUUAUGGGAAAAUCCCAGCCUUUUCAUCUUCAGUGAAGUUGAUUGCAAGGCCAGGGAAUCCCUCCCUUGGGAUAGACACAGGUUCAGGUGGGAAUUCUACUCGAAAAGGAAGUAGAGGUAAUUGGGGGCCACGGAAUCCCUCCCUUGGGAUAGACACAGGUUCAGGUGGGAAUUCUACUGGAAAAGGAAGUAGAGGUAAUUGGGUAUUGCCAUCUGUAAUUUCUGGUGCUUUUAUUGCUGUUAUCUCCUUCAUUGCUUUUGGUUUGUUGGUGCUGUUCAAGUAUAAUGGGGUGUCAAGGAAAGUGAACCAUCAGGAGAAUAUGACUGCACAAGCCAAGCAAAAGAAUUGUCAUGUUAUUGGGGGACAUGCUGAUUUUUCGAUGCAACUUAUUCGACAAGUGACCGAUAAUUUUAGUGAGAACAAUAUUUUGGGUAAGGGAGGUUUUGGUGUGGUUUAUAAAGGUGAAUUGCACGAAGGAACUAAAAUUGCUGUGAAGAGAAUGAAAGCUCCAACAAUGGCUAACACGAAAGGAAUGAAUGAGUUUCAAGCUGAGAUAGCAGUGCUUUCAAAAGUAAGGCACAGGCACUUGGUUUCUCUUUUGGGUUACUGUGUACAUGGCAUUGAGGGUUUCUUGGUCUAUGAGUACAUGCCUCGGGGGACUCUGGCACAACAUUUGUUUGAAUGGCGUGAACGCGGAUACCCUCCUCUUACCUGGAAGCAGAGGGUCAGCAUUGCACUGGAUGUGGCGCGAGGAGUGGAAUACCUGCACAGUUUAGCUCAACAGAGUCUAAGUUUCAUUCAUAGAGAUCUGAAGCCUUCAAAUAUACUUCUUGGGGAUGAUAUGAGGGCUAAGGUCUCUGACUUCGGUUUGGUUAAAAAUGCAUCAGAUGGAAAGAAUUCUUUGGAGACAAGAGUGGCAGGAACAUUUGGCUAUCUUGCACCUGAAUAUGCUAAAACUGGAAAAGUGACAAGGAAGGUGGAUGUUUAUGCAUUUGGAGCAAUUUUGAUGGAGAUGAUUACAGGUAGAAAAGCAAUAGAUGACACAAUGGAAGAGGAAGGGUGGAUGCAUAUGCAUUUGGUGACAUGGUUCCGCGAGGUCCUGAUAAACAAGGAGAACAUCUCAAAUGCAAUUGACCAAGCCAUCAAUCCAGACGAGGAGACCUUAGGGAGCAUUUGCGUAGUGGCUGAAUUAGCAGGGCAUUGCACCACCCCUAACCGCGACCAAAGACCAGACAUGGGCCAUGCAGUCUAUGUCUUGGCACCUCUUGUAGAACCGUGGAAACCUGCCAGCCAGGAAGAAGAGGAUCAACACACUUUUGAAGUUCCACAAUGUAUCUCUUGAACUUGGAAAACAACAUAUAGGAGUGUAGUACCCUUAUGCUAAUGCUAUUCAGGCAUUAACUAAAACUUACAGGAUAACAUUUAAUUCUUAGUUUUUUAACUUUUUAUUAAACACAUUUUAAUCUAA